CUGAUAUUGGUCGUAUUGCAAGUCAUUAUUACAUUACCAGUGAAUCAAUGGCUACUUAUAAUCAGCUCCUAAAACCAACUCUCUCUCAAAUCGAAUUAUUUCGUGUUUUUUCUCUCUCAUCAGAGUUUAAAUACAUCACUGUCAGAGAGGAAGAGAAACUUGAGAUGGCCAAACUGAUAGAUACUGUUCCAAUUCCAAUCAAAGAGAGUAUUGAAGAAGCCAGUGCCAAGGUUAAUGUCCUCUUGCAGACCUACAUAUCUCAAUUGAAGUUAGAUGGGUUUGCACUAAUGAGUGAUAUGGUAUAUAUCAGUCAGAGUGCUGGGAGACUCUUGCGUGCUAUAUUUGAGAUAUGUCUUCACAGAGGUUGGGCACAGUUAACAGACAGGACCCUCUCACUUUGCAAAAUGAUAGACAAGAGGAUGUGGCUCUCUAUGACUCCACUGCGCCAGUUCAAGAAGCUUCCAGAAGAUGUUUUAAAGAGAAUAGAGAAAAAGGAUUUUCCAUGGGAAAGAUAUUAUGAUUUUGGUCACAAUGAGAUUGGAGAGCUGGUUCGUAUGCCUAAAAUGGGAAAGACUAUUCAUCGUUACAUUCAUCAACUCCCAAAACUUGAACUGUCUGUUCACAUACACCCUGUUACUAGGUCUACAUUGCAGGUUGAGUUGACUAUUACUCCUGAUUUCCAAUGGGACGAGAAGACACAUGGAAUGAGUGAAGCAUUUUGGGUAUUUGUUGAGGAUGUUGAUGGUGAGGUCAUAUUGCAUCACGAGUAUUUCUUAUUAAAGAGCAAGUAUGCUGAGGAUGAGCACAUUGUAAACUUUUUUGUUCCGAUAUUUGAGCCACUCCCUCCUCAAUACUUUAUUCGUGUUGUAUCUGAUAACUGGAUUGCAUCUGAGACACUAUUGCCAAUUUCUUUCCGUCAUCUCAUUUUACCCGAGAAGUUUCCUCCUCCCACUGAACUCCUUGAUUUGCAGCCUCUCCCGGUCUCCGCCCUUCGUAAUCAAGCCUUUGAGGAGUUGUACAGUGACAGGUUCCCUUAUUUUAACCCCAUACAGACUCAAGUGUUUAAUUCAUUGUACAAUACUGAAGAUGAUGUCUUUAUUGGUGCUCCCACUGGAAGUGGAAAAACCAUUUGUGCCGAGUUUGCAAUCUUGAAGGCUUUCUCCAAUUCUCCAGACUCUCGCUGUGUGUUUGUAACACCUAAACAAUCCCUUGCUGAACUAUUAUAUGCUGAAUGGAAGCAGAAGUUCAGUUUGAUUAGUAAGAGGGUCACUCUAUUAACUGGUGAGACCACGUCUGACCUACGUCUAUUGAAAGAGGGUCAUGUUAUAAUCAGUAUACCAUCUCACUGGGACGUGCUCAGUAGACGUUGGAAGCAGAGGAAGAAUGUUCAAAAUGUGUCUCUGUUUGUAGCCGAUGAGCUUCAUCUUCUAGGAGGAGAGGGAGGGACCAUUUUAGAGACUGUUUGUUCAAGAAUGCGCUACAUUUCAUCACAGACAGAAAAGAAGAUAAGAAUAGUUGGACUCAGCUCCUCUGUGGCAAAUGCUAAGGAUCUUGGUCAGUGGCUUGGUGCUGGGACUCAUUCACUUUUUAACUUUCAUCCCAACACAAGACCCGUUCCACUGGAGCUACACAUACAAGGUUUUAAUUUUAAUCAUACUCCAUCUCGUCUCUCUGCUAUGAUUAAGCCAGUUUAUAAUGCCAUCUCUGCCCACUCUCCUAAGAAGCCAGUAAUUGUAUUUGUACCGUCUCGUAAACAGACACGCCUCACUGCUGUUGAUUUAUUGACGUUCUGUGCUGCAGACUAUCAGCCCAAGAGAUUCCUUCACAGAUCAGUAGAUGAUCUAUUACCACACCUUAAGCAUUUAAAAGAUCAAACUCUUGUUGAGACCAUAAGUAAUGGUAUAGCAUAUCUUCACGAAGGACUCACUAACAUUGAGAGGAGGAUAGUGCAGCAGCUCUUCUCCUCUGGUGCUAUUCAGGUUCUGGUUGCUUCAAGGAACUUGUGUUGGGGAAUGGGAUUGUCCAGUCACUUGGUGGUUGUCAUGGACACACAGUAUUAUGAUGGACGUGGUCACAGGUAUGUUGAUUAUCCUAUAGCUGAUAUAUUACAAAUGAUUGGAUUGGCUAAUAGACCUUUAAUUGAUGAUGAGUGUGUUGCUGUUCUUUUGUGCCAAACUUCUAAAAAAGAAUUUUACAAGAAGUUUCUUUAUGAGCCACUACCAAUUGAAUCUCAUUUGGAUCACUUCCUUCACGAUCAUUUUAAUGCUGAGAUUGUCACUAAGACAAUGGAGAACAAACAAGAUGCUGUGGAUUAUUUGACCUGGACCUUCCUUUACAGGAGAAUGAUACAAAAUCCUAACUAUUACAACCUACAAGGUGUGACUCAUCGUCAUUUGUCAGAUCAUUUGUCUGAACUGGUUGAGAGUACACUCUCUGAUCUUGAGCAGUCCAAGUGUAUAGCUAUUGAUGAUGAUAUGGACUUGUCUCCACUCAAUUUAGGAAUGAUUGCUUCCUAUUAUUACAUUAAUUAUACUACAAUAGAGCUGUUUAGUAUGUCAUUAAAUGAGAAGACAAAGUUAAGAGGACUGAUAGAGAUAUUGUGUUCAGCCUCAGAGUAUGAAGAUCUGCCAAUAAGACACAAAGAGGAUUCACUCAUGAAACAGUUGCUAACUAAAGUACCACUCAAACUUACAAACAUCAAGUACAAUGAUCCACAUGUGAAAGCUAAUUUACUCUUUCAAGCUCAUCUGUCAAGGCUACAAGUAUCAGCUGAACUACAGAAUGAUACUGAAGAGAUACUGAAAAAGUCUGUUCGUCUGAUUCAAGCUUGUGUUGAUGUAUUGAGUAGUAAUGGCUGGCUGUCUCCAGCACUGACUGCCAUGGAACUAGCACAAAUGGUGACUCAAGCAAUGUGGAGUAAAGACUCUUACUUGAAACAGUUACCUCAUUUCAGCUCUAAUGUCAUUAAGAGAUGCACUGAUAAGGGAGUGGAAUCAGUUUUUGAUGUAAUGGAUAUGGAGGAUGAUGACAGAAACACUUUGUUAUCAUUUUCUGAUGCACAAAUGGGAGAUGUGGCACGUUUCUGUAACCGUUACCCAAAUAUUGAACUGAACUAUACUUUAAUGGAUGAAGACAAUAUAAUCGGUGGUCACUCUGUUGUGGUCGAUGUGAAACUUGAAAGAGAAGAUGAGGAAGAAGUCUCACCUUUUGUGAUUGCUCCUUUCUUUCCUCAGCGUCGAGAAGAAGGAUGGUGGAUUGUUAUUGGUGAUCCUAAGACCAACAGUUUAAUUUCCAUCAAACGUCUAACGCUCCAAACAAAAGCUCGUGUCAAGUUAGAAUUUACUGCCCCCCUGGCCACUGGGUCCUACAAUUAUACCCUUUACUUCAUGUGUGAUGCAUACAUGGGAUGUGAUCAGGAAUAUGCUAUUAAAAUUAAUGUGAAGAAAGGAGGAGGGAGAGCUGAUGAAGAGGGCAUGGAAGUCAACUAACUUUAUUUUUUGUAUAACAUUUUCUCCUAAUAAUAAUUACGAUUAUUGUUAAAAUGGCUGUUGUUGAUGAAAAGGAAAGUAAAAUGUCAAGGUAACCUGCCUAAGUG